AUGUCUAUGUGAGGUUAGCUGAAUAUUCUUCCAUCUAAAAAUAGAACAUAAUACAUAAUGUAUAUCAGGUUAGUAGUUCUUUAGUGCAAAUAACGUUGAUCUGAUGACAAUAGACAAUUGUUAAACUCCCCACAACGAAUGACUGGGAGAUAUGUUUCCUUUUUUCAGCGGAUACGGAAGAUUAGAGAGGAAAACUUUUCUCCCACUUCAAAUGAGGCCGGCAUUAUGGGAAUUAAUUGUAGCACUAACGUGGCUGGAUAUGACCAGAAGAAAAUUCGUCAGAUUCACUUGCACAUGGAGAGGAAGCUUAUGGACAUAUUCAGUCCAAAUUCACCAGAAAAAUGGUCCCUGCUACAGAAGGCUUUGUCGCAUUACCUGGAGAGUGAACAAUUAUAUGGUAAAGAUGUUAACACCUUCGCACACAUAUGUAGGAGUUUGAUGACAAAGAAGAUAAUUUCAUAUGGUGACUAUGAUAAGUUGUAUGAAGCGGUACAUAAUAUUGACGACAAUGCAGCCAAGAUCAUUUCCUCUACAACAGCAUCAGUCCGCGCCGUCCGACUCGAAGGUAAAAAAGACACAGUGACAGCAUUACCCAUUACAGGCGCAUACUGCACCAAGUUCUCAUCCAAGAUUGAGGAGGACACUAAAGAAGGGAAUUAUGUGGUACAGAGGAUGGUUGCGUUACCAGAUGACAGAGUGAUCGUGUUAGAUAGGGACAAUAUAAAACUGAAGCUGUUUAGUUCUACCUACCACUUCCUCCAUUCCGUCGGUCUAGGUGGCGUUCCAGUUGGAUUGACAGUCGUGAACGCGUCGUCUGUAGCCGUGUCGGAUGAAACUACUAACUGCAUAACAUUGUAUGCAAUACAGGACAACACGAUACAGACGUCCACGUCAUUGCAGUGCGGUAUGGACAACGGCUACCUUUUAGACAUUGCAUAUAGCAAACAACACUUCAUUUGUCUAAAAUGGGACUUUGCUAAUAGAAUAAGAACGGUGGAGCGUGUUAGCAUGACUGGACAUAGACAAACAGUUGUACAGAUACAAGACUGGUGUGACAUAGGCUAUCACAUUAUCGCGAUGGAUAAUUGCUAUUAUACAACAGAGUGUGCUAGUGAUCAAGUGAGAUGUAUGACGUAUGAUGGAAAGCAACUGUGGAAGAAGAGGACGCCUUUAGGACCGAUGGGGAUGACCACUGUCAAUAGAACACUAUGUGUGGUAUCAUUAACUAAGGGUGUGGUGAGCCAACUGUCAUUGGACGGUACGAUUUACGGUCACAAUAUCUUACAGAAUGUCACUAAACCUUACAUAUAUUGUAUAUGUUACCAAAAUCUAAGAAAGAGACUUCUAGUGUCAUGCAGCGAACGCGAAGCGCCCAUUAUGGUUUUUGAUAUCACAUCUACUGAACAAAAUUGCGAAUGACAAAUUUACACAAAGACUUUUUUUUUUAUAAGUUAUAUAAAUGUAUAUCUUCAAAUAAUUCCAUAAGGACGGGUGUUAUUGAGAUACAGCAUGUGUAUGUAAGAUGAUCGUAACAAACUACUUUAGUAUAUGUUACCGAAAUCUAAAAACGAGGCUUCUAGUUUCAUGCAGCACACGCAUUCUAGUGUUUGAUAUCACAUCUGCAGGCAAAUGUUGUGAAUGAAAAAUUUACAUAAAGACUUCGUUCAACUAAAAAUGAUAGCAAUACCUACUUCGAAGAUGUCGGUGAAAACUACAUAUAUAACGUAUAUAUAUAUAUGUAAAUAUGUAUGUUUAAUUUGAUAAUCAUAUUUAUUUAUAUAUUCAUAUAGUGACGGUUGUCAUCGAUGUACAGCAUAUGUAUGCAGUAUUGGGUGGCAGC